AUGAGUUUGACAGACACACAGGUAGAUGAUGUCCUGUGGGCUGCCCGCACGGGCGAUCUUGAAGUCUGGAAUAUUCUCAAGAAGGAGCUCGAUGUGACUGCUGCGCUUGCUUCUUCAAAUGAUUCGGGCAACACGGCGUUGCAUUAUGCAGCGGCGAAUGGUCAUCUAGAGUUCGUGCGUCAAGUGCUUCCGCAAGCGAAUCUGGAGAUCUUGCUCAUGCAAAAUGAAUCUGGGAAUACACCGCUUCACUGGGCCGCCUUUAAUGGUCAUUUAAAUGUGGCAGAGGCGCUAGUCGAUCGUAUCGAGGCCCUCGAGAUGCAAGACGAAGUAACGGCCAAGCGUCUGCGUGCAGAAGAAGACCAGCGGGAACAUCAACGCCAUGCGGAAAAAAAUCUAGAAGAAAAAGACGAGUCUGAGGAUGCACGCAAAGCCGAGCUUGCGCACCAUGAUGAAAUGCAGAGCGAGCGCGCACUAUGGGAUGUACGGAAUAAGGCGGGCCGUGGUCCUAUGUCAGAGGCACAAAUGACUGAUCGCGAGGAAGUCGUACAAAUGCUUCUCUCUCACUUGUGUGACAAUGCAAGGCCAUCACCUCAGUCCACGGAUGACCUGACCACGCGUACGGACAACCUCCAUGUGUCGGAGGCGUAG